AUGUCCCUUUAUUCAAAAAAAUAUUGGAAUGCAUUACAAAGUGGUAAGAUUAAGAAGGUAAUGGUUACUGCUCCUCCAGCAGGUCGCAUAAACAUUCAAUCUACUCCACGAUACUAUUACUACAGUGAAUUAGCGAUACGCGAGGGCAUACUUAUGGAAAUAAUAGUAGAUAAAUAUGAUGUGCUCCAUAAAUCGGGAAACCACUAUAAUGGACAUUCUAUGGGAAGUGAUACACUUAUUAAUAUUUUGCGGACUCAAGAUACCAUUUCGAAUAAUCUUAACAGGGCUUUGGAAAUCAAUUCCAAGGAUUCUAGCACACUUGUAAUUCGUGGAAUACUGUAUAGUGAUCUCGGAAACUACCAUCAAGCAAUGGCUGAUCAUGACAAGGCGGUUACAGAAUCUAUUUCUUUUAAAACUGCACCGGUCAGCUCUGCUUCACAAUAUUUUAUUGACUUAUUUGAUUUUACGGAAGCAUACCAAGAAGACAUAAUUGCACUUAGAGCUCGUACGCUUGAAUAUCGUGGUUACAUACUUAUAUCUUUUAACAAUUCUGAAGGAUUAGCCGAUCUUAGCAAGGCUGGUGUAUUAACAAAAUAUCUUAAUAAUUUUGAUACUAGUUCAGGAAAACCAAAUUCAUUUAUAAUUCGUGCCGUUCAAAACUAUGAGGAAAAAAAUUAUAACCAAGCAUUGAUUAAUAUUGACACGGCUUUGAGCAUUGAUCCUGAUUUAUAUUUUGGACUUUAUUUUCGAGGGUUAAUAUAUUUUACACUUGUUUUGACAAAUAUGAAAUGGACACUAGUUCUCGAAUUAUGUCGUAAGGAGACAAUAAAUCAAUGGUUAUCUGAAUAUUUUUCAAAUGAAACUAGAAGUUUAAAUGUAUAUGAGAUUGCCUAUUUUAUUGACGAACUGAAGGAUUAUGAUGAUUUAUUUUUAGGAAUGGAUGUUGAUUUAAAGAAGACGAAUAUAAUAUGGGAUGAAACCAUUAGUUUCUUGACUGAAAAUUCGAUUUCAACACGACAAAAAAUAAAAGAAUUUAUGAUACAAGCUAUAUAUAAAAAUGAUUUGCUUAAUGCGUCUGAAAUUACUCAUUUACUUAAACGAUUACAAAAUGCUGAAGAUAAUUAUUUGUCAUUUAAUGGGCAAUUCCAUUUGAAAACUUAUUGA